AUGAUAGAGGCAGUCUCCAUCAAGGUCAUAAUCUCGGACCCAAGCCUUGUUAUAUCGGCGACAGAUAUCAACUUCAAAAUGCAUCCCCAUCUUCCUCGCUCUCCUCCCCGUCCCCAUCGUAGGACUGAACCGCCUCCAAAGCUUGCGUCAUGCGUUCCCGGAGCUUCACAUCAACCUUGCAUAGUGCUUUCAGAACAGCACGAAGUUGACAUUCAGGUGCCUUGGCGAUCCGUUCUGCGCUCUAUAUCUCUUGGUAUUCGCAUUCACUGA